AUGGACGAACAGAAAAUUCCCAAACAACGAAAAAGGGUUCCUGGAUUAGUCCCCAUCCGAGACAAGAGGAAACGAAAAAUUCCCGAAUUGAAGCCACUGAAUCCAAGCUCACAUGCGAAAAUUCAACGAGAUAGCCUUAUUCCGUUAAAAAUCGACUUUUCACUGAUUCGCGAGAGGCAAAAUGCUGCUCCAAAACUCGAAUCGCUCAACAAAAUUCAAGUCAAUAAGCCGGAGAAAGUGAACUCGCAGCCUUCGUCGCCAUGCGAAGAAGAAAACGACUCUUCGUUGCUGCGCGCGUGGAAGUCUUGCCGCGUCUUGAGUUCUCGCGAAAUCGAGUCUCUGACCAAAGAACUCGGGAUCGACCCGAGCACGCUGAUGCUCAGCUAG